GGCCUGCUCCGUUAUCUCCUCCCUCUAAUGCUGAGAUAUGAAGUAGCUUUAACUGAGGUCACACUCACCAGCCAACUCAUGGAGAGAGAGAGAGAGAGGCGCCUAUAGGUUUCCUACACUUCUUCCUUUGACAGCAGAAGAUAAUAUAGUUGAAUAGAGAUAUUAUUCAGUAUCAGUACAGUGUGAUCAUGCAGUACCAACACAGUGCGCCUUCAGCCAUGGGUGUUCCUCUUUACGCGCCGACCCCUAUCCAACCCGUCCACCCAACUCCUUUCUACAUCGAAGACAUCCUGGGGAGAAAUGAGACCCUGACCCACUCUUCAGCGGUGGUCUCCACGCCAAAUCUACCGUCACCCAAUUCAUCCUUCACCAGUUUGGUCUCUCCGUACCGGACCCCCAUCUAUGAACCGACACCGAUCCACCCUGCGUUCUCUCACCACGCAGCGCUCACCGCCACGUAUGCCUCCGGGGCUUUCGCUAAUUCACUGUAUCCAUUCCACCGCUCUAUGGGGGACUAUACUCUGAUCAGGCACGACCCGCUUGGUAAACAACUUCUAUGGAGCCCGUUCAUUCAGCGUCCACUGCACAAGAGAAAAGGUGGACAAGUCCGAUUCUCCAACGACCAGACAAUAGAGCUGGAAAAGAAGUUUGAGACACAGAAAUACCUUUCACCCCCCGAACGAAAACGACUGGCUAAAAUGUUGCAACUGAGUGAACGACAGGUGAAGACGUGGUUCCAAAAUCGAAGAGCCAAGUGGAGGCGACUGAAGCAGGAGAACCCUACCGGCAGUAAGACAGAUCUGGAGGACGAUAGCACCGGGAGAAACUGCGAGGAGGGACCGGAGUCCGGUGUGAGCCUCAGUCCGGGCCGGGACCAGAGAUGUAGGGCUACAGAGAUGACGCACACUCACAGUCGGUUGCAGUGUUCCACGUCGCCUCUAUCACAAGGACAAAUAGAGUCAGACAUUUCAGACGAUACAGACCAAGAGCUGGACAUAGAAGAUGACAUGGAGUUCCCACUGAAUCCACCGAUAUGAAGUCAUCAGAUCAGUGUUUACAGGUCAAUCUGGACGUUGUCCCACUGGGUGACUGACGGCCCGGGAAGAGGACCAAUAGCCCGUCAGUAAACAUUGUUGUAGCAUCUUUCUGGGACAUAGAUUUGUUUUUGUAUAUAAAUACCUGUAUAUUUUGUGAUGUUGUUUUAUUGUCAUUAUGAGUUUAAAAAAAAUAAAAAUUAAUUGAGCAAAAAAUGAGCGUCGGAACGGUUAGGCAUGUUUUACUCUAGGACGCCCACAAACCUCACUGGACGUGAACGUGAGCAUUUCACGGUACUGACGUAUACAAUUUGAUAUGAAGAUCCCCUCGUACCGGUUAAAAACACGAAAGGACGUAUGUGGAAGUAGUUUAGUGACAUUUAUUUUUUGUUAAAUAUUGGUACAAGUAUUAAAAUACAAUCCUGAUCUUUCUUAUACCUCUCAGAUAUAGGACAGACACUUUAAAACAACCUUCCUUUUGAUGCAUUUUUUGUUGUCGACUAAAUCAAAAAGCUAAAUGUUUCUUGGUAUGACCAUCUUAACACAAUUCCAUAUGUUAGUUUAGUAGAACCCUUUUGAAAUACACUCUUAAUUAAACUAACGAUAUCUGGGCUGCGUCUCAAUAUACCACAUCCGCGGAUUUUGGCGCUGAUUUUGGGGCUGAUUCUGACGCUGGUUUUGGCGCUGGUUCUGGGUUUUGUAGAUGGGAUGCAGUUUAUGUCAGAAUUUACCAUAAUUGACUUUUGCGUAGCAGGUGUGUUUGUCAGACCAUUACGUGACGUCCCAAAAAUCUGUCUUCUCAGGAAAAUGUCUCCAGAGUCUAAACAGUUUUGUUUUGCUUUACCACGCCCACAAGACUGUCUGAAGGGAACCCAGACCUGACUGUCUGAAGGGAACCCAGACCUGACUGUCUGAAGGGAAUCCAGACCUGACUGUCUGAAGGGAACCCAGACCUGACUGUCUGAAGGGAACCCAGACCUGACUGUCUGAAGGGAACCCAGACCUGACUGUCUGAAGGGAACCCAGUACUGACUGUCUGAAGGGAACCCAGACCUGGCUGUUUGAAGGGAACCCAGUACUGACUGUCUGAAGGGAACCCAGACCUGACGGUCUGAAGGGAACCCAGACCUGACUGUCUGAAGGGAACCCAGACCUGACUGUUUGAAGGGAACCCAGUACUGACUGUCUGAAGGGAACCAGACCUGACUGUCUGAAGGGAACCCAGACCUGACUGUCUGAAGGGAACCCAGACCUGACUGUUUGAAGGGAACCCAGUACUGACUGUCUGAAGGGAACCCAGACCUGACUGUCUGAAGGGAACCCAGACCUGACUGUUUGAAGGGAACCCAGACCUGACUGUCUGAAGGGAACCCAGACCUGACUGUCUGAAGGGAACUUAGUACUGGGCCAGGAAAAUGACUGGUGAAGUGAAUAGGCUAUUUCUACGCCAAAGGGUCAUUCCACAGUUAAACUAUUAUAAAUCAAUCCUGAGCUUUCUUAUAGUGCUCAGAUAUAAGACAGACACCUCAAAACAUACUUAUUGUUUUAAAUGUAAUUUAGUUGCCUGUCUGACCAUCACUAGCCACAUCUCAGAAUGUCCUUUUGGUUGUGGUUGAAAAGGCCUUGUCUGUUGGGUUUUCUCCGUCGAAUGGAAAGCCUUUAGAAAUGUAUUCUAAACUCAGUGUAUUUUUCAUAGAUUAUUAAUAAACAGUAUUUAGUGAUAAGAAAUCUUCAUUAAUCUUGAUGAUUAUUGAACACUCGUAUCGUCACGAUAAGGGAUCAUGCAUAACCAACUGGUGACUCAUUGUCGUCACGAUAAGGGACCAUGCCCGACCAACUGGUGACCCAUUGGAGGGGAGAAAAGUCCAUGUCAGUGUGUAAUGACACUUCAGUGAUAAAGACGUGUUGUCGUCAGAUAUUCACUUGGACAUUUUAACAGCUUCUGUGCGUCAUCACUUGGUUGCUGAGAAAAGACGAGGGAUGUGUCAAGUGUCUUUAUCACGUCUUCAGUUCAAUAUAGCUUCCUGGAUCCCCUUAGUUACCAAUAGAAAUACUGGUAGAAACAAGGCUUCCAAAACGGUUCUUCAGCUGUCCCCGUACCAUAACCCUGUUGGGUUCCAGGUAGAGCCCUUUUUGGGUUCCAGGUAGAACCCCUUUGGGUUCCAGGUAGAACCCUUUUUGGUUCCAGGUAGAACCCUUUUUGGUUCCAGGUAGAACACUUUUUUGUUCCAUGUAGAACCCUCUGUAGAAAGGGUUCUCCUAUGGGGACAGCUGAAGACCCCUUAAAGGUUCUAGAUAGCACAUUUUUCUUGUCUAAGAGUGUAUCUUCCUUUUAAGUUAAAAAUUAAUUUCCUUGUAAAUGUGCUCAAUGGUUUCUACUCUAUUCCUAUUGGUUAUUGACUAAAUCCAUGUUAUGAGUGUGAAUACAGGACAUGCCUUCCAUUUCCAGGAAGCCUAUUUCCUGUUGAAUCAUCAGGAUGUAGACCUGGUACAUUGUUCAUCACAGCUCUGUUGAAUCAGGAUGUAGGCCUGGUACAUUGUCCAACACAGCUCUGUUGAAUCAUCAGGAUGUAGACCUGGUACAUUGUCCAACACAGCUCUGUUGAAUCAGGAUGUAGACCUGGUACAUUGUUCAACAACACAGCUCUGUUGAAUCAUCAGGAUGUAGACCUGGUACAUUGUCCAACACAGCUCUGUUGAAUCAGGAUGUAGACCUGGUACAUUGUCCAACAACACAGCUCUGUUGAAUCAGGAUGUAGACCUGGUACAUUGUCCAACACAGCUCUGUUGAAUCAGGAUGUCGGCCUGGUACAUUGUCCAAUACAGCUCUGUUGAAUCAGGAUGUAGACCUGGUACAUUGUCCAACAACACAGCUCUGUUGAAUCAUCAGGAUGUAGACCUGGUACGUUGUUCAACACAGCUCUGUUGAAUCAGGAUGUAGACCUGGUACAUUGUCCAACAACACAGCUCUGUUGAAUCAGGAUGUAGACCUGGUACAUUGUCCAACACAGCUCUGUUGAAUCAUCAGGAUGUAGACCUGGUACAUUGUUCAUCACAGCUCUGUUGAAUCAUCAGGAUGUAGACCUGGUACAUUGUUCAUCACAGCUCUGUUGAAUCAGGAUGUAGACCUGGUACAUUGUCCAACACAGCUCUGUUGAAUCAGGAUGUAGACCUGGUACAUUGUUCAACAACACAGCUCUGUUGAAUCAUCAGGAUGUAGACCUGGUACAUUGUCCAACACAGCUCUGUUGAAUCAUCAGGAUGUAGACCUGGUACAUUAUUCAACACAGCUCUGUUGAAUCAGGAUGUAGACCUGGUACAUUGUCCAAUACAGCUCUGUUGAAUCAUCAGGAUGUAGACCUGGUACAUUGUCCAACACAGCUCUGUUGAAUCAUCAGGAUGUAGACCUGGUACAUUGUCCAACACAGCUCUGUUGAAUCAUCAGGAUGUAGACCUGGUACAUUGUCCAACACAGCUCUGUUGAAUCAUCAGGAUGUAGACCUGGUACAUUGUUCAACACAGCUCUGUUGAAUCAGGAUGUAGACCUGGUACAUUGUUCAACACAGCUCUGUUGAAUCAUCAGGAUGUAGACCUGGUACAUUGUCCAACACAGCUCUGUUGAAUCAUCAGGAUGUAGACCUGGUACAUUGUUCAACAACACAGCUCUGUUGAAUCAGGAUGUAGACCUGGUACAUUGUUCAACACAGCUCUGUUGAAUCAUCAGGAUGUAGACCUGGUACAUUGUUCAACACAGCUCUGUUGAAUCAUCAGGAUGUAGACCUGGUACAUUGUUCAACACAGCUCUGUUGAAUCAUCAGGAUGUAGACCUGGUACAUUGUUCAACACAGCUCUGUUGAAUCAGGAUGUAGACCUGGUACAUUGUUCAACACAGCUCUGCUCUUCAUCCACUCCUCUACCUGCAGAUUGAACAUUACAUAGCUUCUCAUUCAGCAGAAAGACAAACCCCUACAGAGUUUACAUGAAGCAAUAUGACCUGCAAUGAACUAAGCUCUGAGAGUGUGUGAUAAAUAUUUAAACUGUAUGCACCUACGUGAAUACUCAUCGGGUUCAAUGGCCCGUAGAUCACCUAGACCAUCCCAAAACCAAUAGAAUGUACAUUGAUUUUCACCUGUAUUGUGUAAUGGUUCACAAAUUGUGCUCAAUAGAAUCAACAACGGUGAAAGAACACACAGUUUGGUCUGUGGAUAUUAGGUGAAACAUUGAGUGGAUUGCUUCAGGCUCCAAAGGCCCCGUCUGAUAGACAUAUAAAUAAAUAGAGUCCCUCA